AUGAAAUCUAAACCGUACGUGCUGGAUGAACGCCAGAAAUGGAGGAAGUUCAAGGCACUGCAAGACAAGGUGACAAAAGUUGCUGUUGCUAAUGGCACGCAACGUUUUAGUCAGUUGUACGCAGCUCUUGAAGCAUUUCUAGGCAUCAUCGAGGCAUCAGGUGUACCAAUCAUUAGCGAAGCACCGUGGACACAGCGAAAGGACAGCAUUUGCAGCGAUACUGGUACUGAAAAGCUUGAGAGCGAUGAAGAUGAAAGCAUCCCAGAAACUCAGCUAAGCAAACCUGACGAAAUUGAGCAAAAGUAUGUGGCCGUAUGUGUAAAAGAACCCGCGACCGCACCCACGGAUACAAUUAUAACGCCUAAAGGUCAACGAGCCCACCAACACUUCGAUUUCGGCACCAUUUAA